UCGCUCCCUAAAUCCAAAUCCCUAGCGAAGGAUGGUGGCGUUCGCUGUGGUGCCAGCCCUCCGCCGUGGACGCGGGCCGGCGGCGGCGGCCAUGGCGCUCGGCCGCCGCAGGCUGGCCGGUGCCGACCCGUCCCAUGCACCGACGAGGCGCUGGUUCGCGAGCGUGGGCGGGAACGGGGGUGGAGGUCCGGUCGCCAACAGCAGCGGGAAAGGGACUGGAGGGCCUGGCGCCGGCAUGGGGGCUGCCCCCUCCUGGACUGGCUGCACGGGCGCAUGCGCCAAGGAGGUGCUGGAUCUCCGGGCAGAGAUGCUGUGGAGCAACCAUCAAAUCUGGAUGCGCAUCGACAACCUGGCUCAAGAAAACGGGGCACUGCGCUCCCUGAUAGUGUUUGGUUUGAUGCAAUCUACUGACAAAUGUUCACGCUUUAAACCUUGAGAACGCAGGAAGAACGAGGUCAACGCCAAGACAAGGCUGAUGGACCUGACUUACAAGCUGAUCUACUCCGGUGUGGCGGCCAGCAUUGGGACCGUCGUAUACUACUUAACACCCGCGUUGGAGUACCUGUGGUAUGAGAUGUUGCAUAAGCUUGCUGAGCGUGAGAGGGAGCAGGAGGAGGAGGCAGCACGCGCUGAGGCUGAGACAAACAAGCCACCGAAGGAGGAGGAGGGCAGCGGGACUAACAAGCCACCCAAGGAGGAGGAGGGCAGCGGGACUGACAAGCCACCCAAUGAGGAGGAGGUCGGAGGGCCUAAGCAGUCACUGAAGGUGGAGGAUGAUGGAGGGGUGAAUGCCAAAUCACCCAAGGAGGAGGAGAAGCACGGCAAGGCAGCCGAGCCACCAAAGAAAUGGGGCUUCUUUGGCUUGUGAUGUGAUCUACACUUUUGAUGAGUAGACAUUUGAACAAUUUGUAGUAGUUAAGUGCAACCAGAUCGUGUUUGUUUCAUUUCAGUUGACAUGAUGGAUGGGCUUUACUGCUUAUAAAAUUUCCAAGUAUUGCAGACGCCGGGGGCUAUGUACUCCUUCUCUAAAAGAGAGAGAACUAUAUGUACUAU